GUCAGUAUAUGGUGUUUAUGAAAGCGUUUCACUCCUGACAAACACAAACAUCUGUGUGACCAAAGCCACAGUGAAAUCUGACAGAAGGUUCAACUUUCCUCUCCUAGAGGAUGUUGAGAAAUGCGACGACCUAACUAGUUAUUCAAAUGGAUAAUUCAGGGUCGUGUUGUAGUAAUCUGGAGGAGCAGAAGGUUGUGAUGAAGAUUGGCAUUAGUAUGGUGUUAGUAGGACAUGUUAAUUUCCUGUUGGGUGCUUUGGUUCAUGGUGUGGUGCUGAGGCACUUUAGUCUUAAUGUGCGGGGACAGGCCAUGGAAAGCACCAUCUCCAACAUCAUCGCCUUGACAGCAGGCUUACUGGGUGUCAUAAUUGGGAUAUUCACUAUUAUUUUCUCCAAAAACAUGAAGAACAGGAUACUGGCCUGCUCAUUGUUUGUGUUAAGUGCUAUUGCUGGUCUCGUGGCCACCGCCUCAGUCAUAGGAUUGAGUGUGUCAUUGGUAAAGACCAUCAUUCGUGGUGACAAGAGUCUGCUUGCCUACUGCGGCUAUACUGAUGAUGUCAUGAGCCAUAUAAGCAUCGCCAAUAAGUGUCCCUUUGACCCUACUCGAAUUUAUAGCACCACUAUAAUCCUGUGGGUACCGCUGAUAAUCAUCAGUGCUGUGGAGAUGAUUUUCUCGUGUCGCUUAUUUAAAGUCUCCAGCAAUUCUUACAUCUCUCUGCCCUGCUGCCUAGGCAAACACCUUCAACAGGAUCCAAGCAGAUCGAUGGAGCCCCGGAGAGUUACAGAAUCCCCUCUCCUCCCCCACCACGUGCUCACAUCCCGUUGUUGUCAAGGAGACGAAGAAAGGAGGCUGCCCGUUAGACCCCCACACAACUCACGAGCACACCGCUCCGUACCCACCGCUCCACAGUUUCACCAACCCUCUUCCCGGUUCAACCGGGGAGCUUUGGAUAGGUCCAGUAUCUGGAUCUAAUGUUGGGCCAUACUGUGGCUUUGUUACUCCUGCAGGACAUCUCAAUACAAGUGUUUCUCUUGAUAAGAGAGGAAUGUUGCACAGCUGCUUGUACAGGUUGAAGCAGACGUCAGGUUUGGUUAAGGAAUUCUCUUCAUAUGGCCAGUAUGUCUUUUUGCUGGUUUCUCUCACCCCAAGGUGCACUUGGUAAUAUUUAAAGACAUUUAAUGGUUCAAUGGGAUUUAGAAGUAGCUACAAUACAAUAAAGCAAGAAAUAUGAGUUCA